AUGCUUCCUUACCCCCAGUUCAUGAUGUUUCUCCGAUCGCAGCCUGCCAAUGUGGGGAGAAUGUCACUAGGAGGAGCGAAAUCCUCUAGCAUCAUGACAGCCUCUUUGCUCCAAACACGCAAUAUCACACAAAAGCAUAUCCUGCGGAUGCGGGAGGCGGAGGAAACGUGGAAAGGAUAUGCAGAGGAAAUCAAGGCUGGCAAUAGAAAGAGCUUUUUGGAACUUAUGGAAGAACGGGGAUUGGUCAACAAAGUUGUUGGAGAAUAA